AUGGCUUCCCAGUUUCAUCAGCUUCGGAUCCUGGUAUGGAAAAAUUGGCUAGGUGUCAAAAGGCAGCCGCUUUGGACACUUGUCCUAAUUUUAUGGCCAGUCAUUAUUUUCAUAAUUUUGGCUAUUACUCGGACCAAAUUUCCUCCAACAGCAAAACCAACAUGCUACCUCGCACCACGAAACCUUCCAAGUGCUGGAUUCUUCCCAUUUUUACAAACCCUCCUCUGUGACACAGACUCUAAAUGCAAAGACACACCCUAUGGGCCACGAGAUCUUCUUCGAAGGAAGGGGAUUAAUGAAACACUAUUUAAAGACAGUGAAAUUCUGAAAAAGUCAUCCAACCUGAAGAGGGACAGCAAUUUAUCACUCCAGAGCACCCAAGUUCCAGAAAAAAGUCACACAUCACUGGCUAAAGUAUCUCCCAUUCCAAGUUCUAAUCUGGAAAACAUGGACACUGAAACUUUCAAUGGCAGUGAAGUGCUCACACACAUCCUUGGUUUGGAAAAGCUGUUAAAGCAAAAUUCAACUCCAGAAGACAUAAGGAAAGAACUUUGUGAGAACUACCCAGGAGACACUGCUGAGGAUAUCUUCUCUUGGAUCACACUAGGGAAAAAUGUCUUCAACAGAUUUUGCUUUUCCAACAUGACCCUUUUAGAGUCUUCUCUCCAGGAACUAAAAGACCUGGUCUCUCAGAUGUCCAGUGACCCCAACAACCAGAAGAUAGUCUUUCAGGAGCUGGUCAAAGUGCUAUCCUUCUUCUCACAAGUACAGGAGGAAAAGACAGUGUGGCAGCUUCUCUCCAGUUUCCCAGAUGUGUUUCAGAAUGAUACCUCACUGAGCAAUCUAUUUGAUGUUCUUCGAAAAGCAAACAGGGUGCUGCUGGUAGUACAGAAGGUUCAGCCACGUGUUCAAGCUAACGAAGGAUUCAAUACCCUCCAGAAGUCUGUUAAACACCUGCUUAACACUCUGGAUUCCCCAGCUCAAGGUGAUAAUACAACACACCUAUGGAGUGUGAGUGACCAACAGACACUGUCCCCAAGCAGUCUGGCUGCACAGCUUCUGAUCCUGGAGAACUUUGAAGAUGCCAUCUUAAACAUAUCAUCAAAUAGUCCUUAUUUCCCUUACUUGGCAUGUGUAAGAAAUAUGACAGAUGAUUUGGCCAGGGGAUCACAAGAAAAUCUAAGGCUUCUGCAGUCCACAAUUCGCUUUAGAAAAUCUUUUCUUCAAAAUGGCACCUAUGAAGAACACUUCCCUCCAUUUCCUGAAGUCCUGAAAUCCAAACUGUCUCAACUUCGAAAUGUGACAGAACUUCUCUGCGAACCAGAAACCUUCAGUUCCAUAGAGAAAUCCUGUCCACUCGCCAACAUGAGCUUCUGGAAGCUGUGUGAGGACCACACUUUUCAUGUACAACUCCUUGAGGCAGUAGAGCUGGGCACCGACAUUGCCACCGACGUACUGUACCAUGACAAUAUCAUAUCUGAAAAGCUGAGGGAUUUGCUCACGGGGGAUCCCAGAAAAAUUAGUUUAAAUAUGGACUGGCUCCUGGAACAGGCACUGCAAAUGAAUUACUUGAACAAUAUCACACAGUUAAUGACGACCAUAGACGCCUUGCUGCUUGUCAAUACCAGCGCAGUCUCUUCUGAGCAGCCAGGUCAACUAAUAGAAAUGUUCAGAAAUGUUGAAGAGCUGAAAGAAGAACUGAGGAGAACAACAGGGCUGUCCAGCGCUACUGUGGACAAGUUGCUAGCUCUCCCCAUCCCAGACAACAGAGCUGAGAUAAUUUCUCGUGUGUUCUGGUUGCAUUCUUGUGAUGCCAAUGUCACCAACCCCAAACUGGAAGAUGCCAUGAAGGAAUUCUGCAGACUGCCUCUCCCAGAGAGAUCCCACCAGUCCUACCUCAUUGGACUCACUCUUCUGCAUUACUUGGACAUUUACAAUUUCACAUACAAGGUGUUUUUCCCUAGGAAAGAUCAAAAGCCAGUCGAAAAGAUGAUAGAACUCUUCGUAAGGCUGAAAGAGAUUCUCAAUCAGUUGGCUUCCGGCACACAUCCACUGCUAGAUAAAAUCAGAUCCCUGAAACAAAUGCACCUGCCCAGAAGUGUUCCAUUAACACAGGCAAUGUACAGCAGCACCCGGAUAAACUCACCAGCAGGAUCGUUCAGUACCAUCUCUCAAGCACUGUGCUCCCAAGGAAUAACCACUGAGUACUUAACUUCCAUGCUGCCUGCAUCUCAGAAGCCAAAAGGCAACCACACCAAGGAUUUUUUAACUUAUAAAUUAACUAAAGAGCAAGUUGCUGCAAAAUAUGGGAUUCCCUUAAAUGCCACACCAUUUUGCUUCUCCCUUUAUAAAGACAUCAUUAACAUGCCUGCUGGACCUGUGAUUUGGGCUUUCUUGAAACCAAUGUUGUUGGGAAAGAUUUUAUAUGCACCGUAUAACCCAGUUACAAAGGCCAUUAUGGAAAAGUCCAAUGUAACUCUGAGGCAGCUGGCAGAAUUAAGAGAAAAAUCUCAAGAGUGGAUGGAUAAGUCACCAAUCUUCAUGAAUUCCUUCCACCUGCUAAACCAGACGAUUCCAAUGCUCCAGAAUACUCUAAGGAACCCUUUUGUGCAAGUUUUUGUAAAGUUCUCCGUGGGACUGGAUGCUGUUGAACUUCUGAAGCAGAUAGACGACCUUGACAGUCUCAGGGUUAAGCUAGAGAACAACAUCGACAUUAUUGAUCAGCUUAACACACUGUCUUCCCUGACAGUAAACAUUUCCUCCUGUGUAUUAUAUGACCGUAUUCAGGCAUCAAAAACCAUAGAGGAGAUGGAGACCGAGGCUCAAAAGCUCUACAAAAGCAACGAACUCUUUGGAAGCGUUAUCUUUAAGCUUUCAUCUAACAGAAGCUCACACAGACGCUACAACUCUGAAAACAUCUCUCUUCCUCCUGUCAUAAAAUACACCAUCCGCAUGAGUCUGAAGACAGCACAGACCACAAGAAGCAUAAGAACCAAGAUCUGGGCCCCAGGGCCGCACAAUUCUCCAUCCCACAACCAGAUCUAUGGUCGAGCUUUCAUUUAUUUACAGGAUAGUAUUGAGAGAGCAAUCGUUGAAUUGCAAACAGGAAGGAACUCACAGGAAAUCGCAGUUCAGGUUCAAGCAGUUCCUUAUCCCUGCUUCAUGAAAGACAACUUCCUCACCAGUGUCUCUUACUCCCUUCCGAUUGUGCUCAUGGUGGCUUGGAUUGUAUUUAUAGCAGCUUUCGUAAAAAAGCUUGUUUAUGAGAAGGACCUCCGGCUCCAUGAGUACAUGAAGAUGAUGGGCGUGAACUCGUGCAGCCAUUUUUUUGCCUGGCUUAUAGAGAGUGUUGGGUUUUUGCUGGUGACCAUCAUGAUCCUCAUCAUUAUCCUCAAGUUUGGCAAUAUUCUUCCUAAGACCAAUGGGUUCAUUUUGUUCCUAUACUUUUCGGACUACAGUUUCUCAGUGAUUGCCAUGAGCUACCUGAUCAGCGUCUUCUUCAACAACACCAACAUUGCAGCUCUGAUUGGAAGCCUCAUCUAUGUCAUUGCAUUUUUCCCAUUUAUUGUUCUGGUUACUGUGGAGGAUGAGUUGAGUUAUGUUAUAAAAGUAUUCAUGAGCCUGCUGUCCCCAACAGCAUUCAGCUACGCAAGCCAGUACAUUGCCCGGUAUGAAGAACAAGGUGUUGGUCUUCAGUGGGAAAAUAUGUACAAAUCCCCUGUUCAGGAUGAUACCACCUCAUUUGGCUGGCUGUGCUGUCUAAUUCUAGCAGAUUCUUUCAUAUAUUUCUUUAUUGCUUGGUACGUCAGGAAUGUCUUCCCAGGGACAUAUGGCAUGGCAGCUCCAUGGUAUUUUCCAAUCCUUCCUUCCUAUUGGAAGGAACGAUUUGGAUGCAUGGAGGUGAAGCAUGAGAAAAGCAACGGCCUCAUGUUCACCAAUAUCAUGAUGCAGAACACCAACCCAUCUGCCAGUAGGACGAGUCCUGAGUGUCUGUUUCCCUCCAACAUUGAACCUGAACCCAAAGAUCUCCAGGUUGGAGUUGCCCUUCAUGGGGUCACAAAGAUCUAUGGCUCCAAAGUCGCUGUUAAUAACCUCAACCUGAACUUUUACGAAGGACAUAUUACAUCACUUCUAGGGCCAAAUGGAGCUGGCAAAACAACAACCAUCUCCAUGCUGACUGGGCUGUUUGGUGCCUCAGCAGGUACCAUUUUUGUGUAUGGAAAAGAUAUUAAAACAGACCUGAACACAGUUCGGAAGAACAUGGGAGUCUGCAUGCAGCAUGAUGUCUUAUUCAGUUACCUCACCACAAAGGAGCAUCUUCUCUUAUACGGCUCCAUCAAAGUUCCUCACUGGACCAAAAAGCAGCUCCAUGAAGAGGUGAAAAGGACUUUAAAAGAUACUGGACUGUAUAGCCAUCGUCAUAAGAGAGUUGGAACAUUGUCAGGAGGAAUGAAGAGGAAAUUGUCUAUAUCCAUAGCUCUCAUUGGUGGAUCAAGGGUAGUAAUUUUGGAUGAACCAUCCACUGGAGUUGACCCAUGUUCUCGUCGAAGUAUAUGGGAUGUUAUAUCCAAAAACAAAACAGCCAGAACAAUCAUUUUGUCAACACACCACUUGGAUGAGGCUGAAGUGCUGAGUGACCGCAUUGCCUUCCUGGAGCAAGGUGGGCUCCGGUGCUGUGGAUCCCCGUUUUACCUCAAGGAAGCCUUUGGGGAUGGGUACCACCUCACACUCACCAAGAAGAAGAGUCCAAAUCUAGAUUCAAAUGCAAUAUGUGACACGAUGGCUGUGACAUCCAUGAUCCAGUCACACCUCCCCGAAGCCUACCUCAAGGAGGAUAUUGGGGGAGAGCUUGUGUAUGUGCUCCCUCCAUUCAGCACUAAAGUAUCAGGAGCCUACCUGUCACUCCUGAGAGCACUGGACAAGGACAUGGGUCAACUCAACAUUGGCUGCUAUGGCAUUUCAGACACUACUGUUGAAGAGGUCUUUUUGAACUUGACAAAGGAAUCACAAAAAAGUGGUAAUAUGAGUCUUGAGCACUUAACACAGAGGAAAGUUGGGAAUUCCACUAUCAAUGGCACCUCGACUCCUGACGAUUUAUCUGUGAGCAGCAGCAACUUUACAGACAGAGAUGACAAGGUCCUGACAAGAAGCGAGAAGCUGGAUGGCUUUGGACUAUUACUGAAGAAGAUAAUGGCUAUUCUCAUCAAGAGGUUCCACCACACCCGCAGGAACUGGAAAGGUCUCAUUGCUCAGGUCAUCCUCCCCAUUGUCUUCGUGACCACUGCCAUGGGCCUUGGCACACUGAGAGAUUCUAGCAACAGUUAUCCUGAGAUCCAGAUCUCUCCAUCCAUUUAUGGGACCUCUGAACAGACAGCCUUCUAUGCGAAUUUUGAUCCAAGCACAAACAGGCUGGUCUCGGCACUAUGGAACUUCCCUGGCAUUGACAACAUGUGUCUGAACACUAGUGAUUCGCAAUGUUUAAGACAAGAUGAACUGGGAAAAUGGAACACCAGUGGAGAACCUACCAGCAAUUUUGAUGUUUGCUCCUGCUCAAAUAACAUCCAGGACUGUCAUAACAUUAACUAUUCUCCGCCUCAUAGAAGAACUUAUUCUUCCCAAGUUAUUUAUAACCUCACUGGGACCCACAUGGAAAAUUAUCUUAUAUCAACUGCAAAUCAUUUUGUGCAAAAAAGAUACGGAGGUUGGAGUUUUGGACUGAAUUUGACUAAUGACCUUCGUUUUGAUAUAACAGCAGUUCCUGUCAAUAGAACUCUUGCUAAGGUGUGGUAUGAUCCAGAAGGCUAUCACUCCCUUCCAGCUUACCUCAACAGCUUCAACAACUUCCUCUUGCGAGUUAACAUGUCAGAAUACGAUGCUGCCCGACACGGGAUCAUCAUGUAUAGCCAUCCUUAUCCCGGCGUGCAAGACCAAGAACAAGCCACAAUCAGCAGUUUAAUCGAUAUUUUAGUGGCGCUGUCCAUCCUGAUGGGCUACUCUGUCACCACUGCCAGCUUUGUGACCUAUGUUGUCAGGGAACAUCAGACCAAAGCCAAGCAGUUACAGCACAUUUCUGGCAUCGGUGUGACAUGCUACUGGGUGACAAAUUUCAUUUAUGACAUGGUCUUCUACUUGGUCCCUGUAGCAUUCUCAAUUGGUGUCAUUGCGAUUUUCAAACUACCUGCCUUUUACAGUGAAAGCAAUCUAGGCGCUGUAUCUCUCCUGCUUUUGCUGUUUGGCUAUGCAACAUUUUCUUGGAUGUACUUGCUGGCUGGUCUCUUCCAUGAGACAGGAAUGGCUUUUAUCACAUACGUCUGUGUCAACCUGUUUUUUGGCAUCAAUUCCAUUGUCUCUCUGUCGGUGGUAUACUUUCUUUCCAAGGAAAAGCCUAAUGAUCCGACUUUAGAGCUUAUUUCUGAAACCCUCAAACGAAUUUUCCUGAUAUUUCCUCAAUUCUGUUUUGGCUACGGUUUGAUUGAACUCUCCCAGCAACAGGCAGUCCUGGAUUUCCUAAAAGCAUAUGGUGUGGAGUAUCCAAGUGAAACCUUUGAAAUGAACAAGUUAGGUGCAAUGUUUGUGGCUCUGGUUUCUCAGGGCACCAUGUUUUUCUUAUUGAGACUCUUAAUCAACGAGUGGCUGAUCAAGAAGUUCAGACUCUUCUUCAGAAAAUGUAUGUCUUCACCUGUAAUGGAGACAGCAGAUGAAGAUGAAGAUGUGCGGGCUGAGAGAUUACGAGUUGAGAGUGGUGCAGCCGAGUUUGACCUGGUCCAACUCCAUCAUCUCACGAAGACCUACCAACUCAUCCACAAAAAGAUCAUCGCUGUCAACAACAUCAGCCUUGGGAUACCUGCUGGAGAGUGCUUUGGACUUCUUGGUGUGAAUGGAGCAGGAAAAACCACUAUCUUCAAGAUGCUGACUGGAGACAUCAUUCCAUCCAGUGGGAACAUUCUGAUCAGAAAUAAGAGCGGAUUCCUAGGUCAUGUUGAUUCUCACAGCUCAUUGGUUGGCUACUGCCCUCAGGAAGAUGCCUUAGAUGACCUGGUAACCGUGGAAGAACAUUUGUAUUUCUAUGCCAGAGUACAUGGGAUUCCAGAGAAAGAUAUCAAAGAGACUGUUCAUAAACUCCUAAGGAGACUUCACUUGAUGCCCUACAAGGACAGAGCUACCUCUCUGUGCAGUUACGGCACAAAAAGAAAGCUGUCCACUGCACUGGCCUUGAUAGGGAAGCCAUCCAUCCUCCUACUGGAUGAGCCGAGCUCUGGGAUGGAUCCUAAGUCAAAACGGCACCUCUGGAGGAUCAUUUCAGAAGAGGUACAGAACAAGUGCUCUGUCAUCCUCACCUCGCACAGCAUGGAAGAAUGUGAAGCCCUCUGUACCAGGCUGGCCAUUAUGGUGAAUGGAAGGUUCCAGUGCAUUGGAUCUUUGCAACACAUAAAAAGCAGGUUUGGACGUGGAUUUACUGUCAAGGUUCACUUGAAGAAUAACAAAGUGAGCAUGGAGACCCUCACAAGGUUUAUGCAGCUGCACUUUCCAAAAACAUACUUAAAAGAUCAGCACCUUAGCAUGCUAGAGUAUCACGUGCCUGUCACAGCAGGAGGAGUAGCAAACAUUUUUGACCUGCUGGAAACCAAUAAGACUGCUUUAAAUAUCACAAACUUCCUUGUGAGCCAGACCACUCUGGAAGAGGUUUUCAUCAACUUUGCCAAAGACCAAAAGUCUUAUGAAAAUGUUGACACCAGUAGUCAAGCCUCCACCCUAAGUAUAGACUCACAGGAUGACCAGAUAGAGUCUUAGUACCUACAGCAGAUUCAGUUUCAGCAAAUAACCAAUGGAUGCAUUUUGAAGAAGAUACCACUUACUCAACGUGUCUU